AUGUCCAAGGAUAAACCUUCGCCUAAUCAGCCGGCGCCGUUUCGAGGCGAGUUUUCUUUUGUCAACAAAGAUGCCGGCAACAUCGACUCCAAGGACCACAGCGCCGCCGUCUCCUGGCAUGUCAUGAAUCGCUAUGAGCGAUGGAAGAAACAGGAGCAGGCCAGAAGGCUGCGAGCCUCCGCCAACGUACCUGUCGGGCCUCUGUCGGCUCCGCCGGUACAACAGCAGAACACCCUACCUCAAAGGUCGCAGCAGCAGUCAGUACGUCGAGUUCCUUACGAGAUCCCCAGGAGGACCAGUUUCGGAGAUGCCGCGCAAAGCACGGCUGCUGCAUCAAUGAUCACUCCAUUUGGGUUCGAUCCGUGGUUGACCGAGCAGCCACUCCAGCUUGGCUACCCUGGCGUCAGCGUUGGUCAGGCGUCGGGCAGCGGCAAUGCGACUUCUUCGAAUUCGACGUCGUCGACUCGAUCGGCUGUCUUUGAGGAUGACCCGACCUCCUUGCUCAGCAGUAUCAAUACACCACUGGAUUUUACUGACGAGUCCUUUGGUCCUUCUGCCUCAUCCAUGGCGCCACUCAUGGAUAGUUUGCUCAGUUUCGCAUACGAUGUUUUCAUUCCUCAGAACUGGCCCAAGGAAUCGGAUAGAGCGCAAGGAUCCUACGAAAUAGCCCGGUGCUGGGAUGACAUUGCGAAUAUGAGUCAAGAUAACUGCUACGCCAAUGCAUAUUUGAGCCUACUGACGGCAGCCCUGGCCGCCGUAUCCGAUAACUAUAGUCUCGCCUAUCAGUCACGGUUUUUCCAAGGCCAAGCUAUGACCGAGCUGAGGCAGCGAGUGGCAGGACCGGGGCCUCAAGACUUGAACACACUUCAGGCCAUUCUCAAGCUUUUCUCCUCGGAGACUAUCGUUGACAAUACAUCUGUGGCGCGCGCACACCUGAAAAUGCUGCGAAAAUUGGUCACCGCAGCCGGUGGCAUCAUUCUGACACAUGCGUGGUUUCGGGAAGAUCUCCUCUCGUGCGACUGCUAUUUUGCCUUGAAAUAUGAAACUCGACCCCUCUUCCCUGCUCAGGAAUGGACACCCGGUGGACUCAGCGAGCCAUGGAAGGCGCGCUUGCUGUCAGCCGGCAUUGUUGGAGAUCAUGCAGCCGGGAUCGAUUCACUUAUCGAGCAGCCUGUGAUGAAGGCGGUAGUGACCGACUUACGUGAACUAUUCAAAGUUGACGAGUAUAUUCAGAGUCACGAUGUCCCCAUGGAAGAUCAGCUGCUCCGUUGGCGACAGUUGCGCAAGUUCGACUGCAUAUCGAGGAUCGCAGACCAAUCCGUCAAUCUCUCAAUAUAUCCUCACCUAUUUCAGAGACCGCAUGCACAAGCUUACGUGUGCCUAGCCACGGCGCUGAUGGCGAACAUGGUGUUGGGCUCGCCCGAGCCCGUCCGGUUUGGUCUCAAACUCAUCGGCCAACUCCGCAAGAAGCUGGAAGAAAGUGACGCCCAGGGCGACAAUGGCCACUACACCCGACUGCGCUUGUGGGCCCUAUACGUAGGGUCGCUAGCGGGAAAGGUGCAUCCAGUGGACACCGAGGACAAGGUAUGGUUCGAAGCCAGAUAUCAGCAUCAGGCGGCAGAGAUGGGUGUUGCAGGCUGGCAGGACGUCAGGAAGGUCGUGAGGCAUUUCCUCUAUUCGGAGAAACUACAUCAGGAGAUAGCCUCGGGACGAGCGCACCGGACGAGUGACUUGUUCAAGGGACUGUACUCACCGACUGGCUGCAGCUGGCGAGAACCUGUGUCUGACGCCAAUGUUGACCUCAUGCCUGUCGAGUUAGCAUCUGGAGGGGAGUCCGGCGAGCUUGGCUCUUUUUCUUCGGAUGCAGCUGGCAGGCACAAAGCUUUUGUAGGUGAAGGUAGCGGAGGUGGAAACCAGUAA